AGAAAAAAAAGCGGAUAAAGUUUGGGAGUGUCAGUGUUUCCCCCUCUCACCACCAGAGACUAGACUAGAGAGUAGAGAGUGAAGCAGAGAAGAGAAACUAAGAGAGAAAUGUUGGCAAACCCUAGCAGUGGCAGACUGCACUGCGCCAAACCCUUUCAUUUCCACCCAAAAUCAAACGAGCCCAAAUGUUUUGUGUUCCGAAACUGGCCCCCGCGCAGCAAGUCCAAGUCCAAGUUCUGCAGUUUGUCCCUCCUCGUUCCCAGAAAGAAUCGCAAGGCCUUUGGCAUCAGGGCUUUGACCGACGCCACCGGAGCUGCGGCGGUUGAUGUUACUCAGCCCUAUUCCGUCAAAAUCCCCGUUGGCGAUAGACACAUUUUGAUUGAGACAGGUCAUAUUGGGAGACAAGCCAGUGCUUCUGUUACAGUCACAGAUGGAGAAACUAUUGUUUACACAUCUGUUUGUUUGGCUGAUACUCCAAGUGAACCGUCAGACUUUUUCCCUCUUUCCGUUCAUUAUCAGGAGCGUUUUUCGGCUGCAGGUCGGACUAGUGGAGGAUUUUUUAAACGAGAAGGAAGGGCAAAAGAUCACGAGGUUCUCAUUUGCAGAUUGAUUGAUAGGCCUUUGCGUCCAACUAUGUUGAAUGGCUUCUACCAUGAAACUCAGAUACUUUCUUGGGUGCUGAGUUAUGAUGGUUUGCACUCUCCUGAUUCUUUGGCAGUCACAGCUGCUGGAAUAGCUGUUGCUCUUUCAGAGGUUCCAAACACAAAAACUAUAGCAGGAGUUAGAAUUGGUCUUGUUGGUGACAGAUUUAUUGUGAAUCCAACAACUAAGGAGAUGGAAGACUCUGAGUUGGACUUGCUGCUAGCUGGCACAGAUAGUGCAAUAUUGAUGAUAGAGGGUUAUUGUGAUUUUCUGCCCGAGGAAAAGUUGCUGCAAGCAAUAGAAGUUGGGCAGGAUGCUGUACGAGCAAUUUGCAAUGAGGUGGAGGCUUUGGUUAAGAAGUGUGGGAAGCCAAAAAUGUUUGAUGCAAUUAAAUUACCUCCCCCUGAGCUAUAUAAUCAUGUUGAGGAAAUUGCUGGUGAUGAGUUGGUAAGAGCUCUGCAGAUUACACACAAGAUUCCUAGAAGAAAAGCCCUGUUGUCAUUGGAAGGAGAAGUUUUAACUAUACUUACUGAAAAGGGAUAUGUUAGUAAGGAUACAGCUCUUGCAGGCAGUGAAACAGUACCAGAUAUAUUUGAAGAUGAAGAUGAGGAUGAGGAAGUGAUUGUGGAUGGUGAAGUAGAUGAAGGUGAUGUUCAUAUAAAACCUACCUCACGGAAAUCGACUCCCUUGUUUUUUUCUGAGGUAGACGUGAAGCUGGUAUUCAAAGAAGUAACAUCCAAAUUUUUGCGCAGGCGCAUUGUGGAGCAUAAUCACUCUUCAAAGUGUCCUACAAACUUCAGCGAGAAUUUUCUAGGGGUGGAAGAAGAAGUGAUGGGCGGACCCCAGAAGGGAUACGUCCAAUUAACUCAAGAUGUGGACUACUUCCAAGGGCACAUGGAAGUGCUCUUUUCACACGAGGGGAAACACAGGUCCUUUCGCUUUUCGUCUGUUUUACAGUCAUUGGCUGUGGUUACACUUGGUGAUAAGCAGAUGGCUCAGAGGAUAGACAACCUAGUGGGUGUAGAUGAAUGGAAAAGAUUCUAUCUCCAGUACACAUUUCCCCCUUCAUGUGUUGGGGAGGUUGGACGGAAUGGAGCACCUAGUAGAAGAGAAAUUGGUCAUGGAAUGCUGGCUGAGAGAGCUCUUGAACCAAUAUUGCCUUGUGAUGAUGAUUUUCCUUACACUGUACGUGUUGAGAGCACAAUUACUGAAAGCAAUGGCUCUUCAAGUAUGGCGUCUGUGUGUGGGGGAUGCUUAGCACUACAGGAUGCUGGAGUUCCAAUCAAGUGCUCUAUAGUUGGAAUAGCAAUGGGUCUGGUUCUAGAUACCCAGGAAUUUGGGGGGGAUGGUUCUCCGCUUAUUCUCUCUGACAUAACUGGAUCUGAAGAUGCAUCAGGGGAUAUGGAUUUCAAGGUUGCUGGAAAUGAACAUGGUGUAACAGCAUUUCAGAUGGAUAUAAAGGUGAGCGGGAUUACAUUAUCAGUUAUGAGAAAGGCACUCCUACAAGCAAAAGAUGGCCGGAAGCAUAUUAUUGCGGAACUGUUGAAAUGCUCCCCUCCACCUUCAGGAAGGCUUUCCAAGUAUGCACCACUGAUUCACAUAAUGAAGGUCAAACCUGAGAAAGUAAACUUAAUCAUUGGUUCUGGUGGGAAGAAGGUCAAAAGUAUUAUAGAAGAGACCGGAGUAGAUGCAAUUGACACACAAGAGGAUGGGAUACUAUUGCAGGUGAAAAUUACUGCCAGGGAUUUAUCGAGUUUAGAAAAGUCUAAAGCUAUUAUUGCUAAUUUGACAAUGGUUCCAACUGUUGGUGAUAUCUACAGGAAUUGCGAAAUUAAAACAAUAGCUCCAUAUGGAGUAUUUGUGGAAAUAGCACCUGGCCGAGAGGGACUUUGCCAUAUUAGUGAGUUAAGUUCAGAUUGGCUGGCAAAGGCAGAAGAUGCUUUUAAGGUGGGAGAUCAUGUUGAUGUUAAACUUAUUGAGGUAAAUGAGAAGGGGCAACUUCGCCUUAGCCGCCGAGCAUUACUUCCAGAUGCAGAUCCUGAGAAUGCUGGUGUAAGGCAGCCUACAGGUGACUCCAAAGAUGUACCUUCUCAAACUUCGGACAAAAACAAAGUCAAAGGUACAAGCUCACCUAAAAAUAAUUCAUCAGAAAGUACUCUGCUCCCACAAAAAAAGUUCAUCCGGAGAUCAGUCAGCCCCGCCAAAGAUAGACAAAAUAUUAAUAAUGAUGCGACAAAGAAGAGCAGCAGUAGAGUAGUGAGCAGUUCCAGCAAGGAUGAAAAUACUCUAGUAAAUGGAGGUGCUAACAUUGGAUAGUAAGGAUAUUUUAACUGAUGAGGGUCAUCUGUUGGCCCCAUUUGUCAUGGUGAAUAUGACAAUGUGAUGUGAUGGCCACCAGAUCUAACAGAAAGAAAGGUUUUCAGGAUUUUUACUUGUUAGAAGUGGUGGAUUAUGUGUCCGAGGUUAGCAAUUCCGCCAAAAUGUUCACAUCACAUGCAUUCUUCUGAUUGACUAGAGGAAGUUACAGACUUACAGGUGUUACUAGUGCAUAUGUUCUUCAAGAGAGGGAAGUCUUAUGGGCUUGGAAAUUUUGCUGGACCAAUAGAUUCUUACAAUUCCAUUUGCAUUGUGCCUUUUAUGUCUUUAGAACCUCUUUUCUUAGUUUCUUUUCCUUGGCUCUUGCUGCAGCACAAUAUUGUUUAUCCUCCCUUGUAUGUUAAAUUGGUAAUUCGUAUUUUCUUGUGCCAUCGCAUCUAAUAGCUAGUUUCUAGUUGCUAGCAUUUUGACAUGAGAUAGACGUUCUGAUUCGAAUUAAUGUUUAAUGAUAGAAGAAUUGUAUUGGAUGGCAACUACAACUCGAUGACUAGGUUCGAAAGAUAUGCUGGAAAUUGGAUCACUUAUCUUUUAUAUAAUGCUAGUGCUGGUAGCCUUUACA